AUGGGAUCAAUCGACGCUGCCGAGAACUGCACUGUGUUCAAGACUAGCGAACAAUACUUGGGCGAGCCUCGACCCAUCAAAAUAAUCGUUAUUGGUGCAGGACUUUCAGGCAUCGCGGCAACAAAAAUCUUUCGCGAACGCUUUUCUGACAAACCAGCAAUCUUGGUCAUCUACGAGAAGAACGACGACGUUACGGGCACCUGGCUCGAAAACAGAUACCCUGGCUGCUCGUGCGACGUGCCGGCUCAUGCCUAUACUUUCUCAUGGGAAGGAAACCCAAAUUGGUCUCACGCCUAUGUCAGUUCUGAGGAACUCUUCCAUUACUUCAAGGGCCGAGCUAAGGCAUACGGCGUUGAUCAAUACGUCCACCUGCGCCACCGUGUACUGGGGUGUGAGUGGAAUGGAGAAUCUGGACUGUGGCAAGUUGAAGUCCUUGAUACAGUGAAUAACAGGAGUUUCGUGGAUGCUGCCAACAUCGUCAUCAACGCCUGUGGCUUCUUGAACAACUGGAAAUGGCCUGAUAUAUCUGGUCUGCAUGAUUUCGGUGGUCAUCUGGCACAUUCGGCGCAUUGGAACGACGACUUCUCUUUCAAGGAUAAGAGAGUUGCAGUAUGUCUCCUUUUCGAGAGCUAUAAAACAUCUACUUAUGCUUCUAUGGUUGUCAAGCACCUUACUUCCUUUAACCGCUCGCCCACGUGGGUGGUGCCUGAGUUCGCAGAACAAUUUGCUCCAGAAGGGCGAGAAACGAAAAUCUCUGAGGAACAAAAGGCAAAAUGGCGCAACGACCCCGAAUCCUUUCUCAAAUACCGCAAGGAAGUCGAUUCGGUCAUGAAUCACUUUUUCGAUCUGCAGUACAAAGACUCCAAGCUCCAGCAGGAUUCUAUUGAGGCAACCAGAAAGGCCAUGGAAAAGAGAUUGGAGAAAAAGCCACAGCUUGCCAAAGUGUUGGUACCUGGAUUUGCUCUUGGGUGUCGACGGAUUACACCAGGACAUGGCUACCUAGAGGCACUAGUCCAAGACAACGUUGACGUAAGGACAGACGAAAUCCUCAAAAUCACCAAGACAGGCAUCGACAUGAUCGACGGCAGUCAUAUAGAAUGUGACGCAAUUGUCUGUGCUACCGGCUUUGACACAUCCUUCCGACCAUUCUUCCCAGUCGUCGGUCCUGCCGGAGUGGAUUUGAGGGACGUGUGGGCGGAAGAACCACGGUCAUAUCUAUCGGUAGCCGCGGCUGGCUUUCCAAACUAUUUCAUGACCAGCGGCCCAAACUUUCCGCUUGCAAACGGCGCUUUGAUUCCAUGUCUUGAGAGAUGUGUCCAUUAUGCGUUCGAUGCGGCAAUCAAGCUACAGAGUCAGAACAUCAAGGCAAUGUCGCCGCUUCCCGAAGCUGUGGACGACUUUCAAGAGUACAAGGACGAGUUGAUGAAGGACUUGGUGUGGUCCUCGCCCUGUCGUUCAUGGUAUAAGAAUGGAAAGGUCGAGGGCAAGGUAUGGGGUCCAUGGCCAGGCUCAUCUUUGCACUUCCUAGAACUUAUGAGCGAGCCGCGGUGGGAGGAUUGGAACUUUGAAUACAAGACCCAAAACCGGUUUCAGUAUCUCGGCAGAGGAAAGACACAACGUGAAACAACUGAUGGUGCUGAUCUCGCAUGGUAUAUAACUGAAUCAGGCGGCUCUUGUAAGGAAGUCUGA